AUGGCCCGGCUGGCCGCGUCCAGCUCGUCCAGCAGCCGCUUCCAGGCGCCGGCCAUCAGACUGCUGCCGGGCGCCGCGUCAACCGCACCACCACCCGCGCCAGAACCGCCACCGCACUUGAAGCCAAGAGCGCACACGGCGCUCAGUGAUGCGGCGUACUCGCGGUCGCACUUGAGCUUGCUGGUCACGCAUCGGCGCAUCACCUCCAGCAUGCGAAUCUCGGCCUCCUGCCGGCCCACCAGGGCCUCGUACUCGGGUUUGCCCUGA